GUUUACAUUUAUACACGUAAAGAGUGUCAGCACAAAAACAGCUACAAGCGUUUCUGCUAGCGAGAACAUUCAUUAGAGACUCAAGCAGCCUUUCUUGAGCCAGAGAGAAACUUUGCCUGCGUUUGUUUGGUCUGACGGGACGGGACGUUUUGCCAGGAUCUAGAAACGGUCGUGUCGUGGCAAUCGCACGCCUUUUGAAACUAUGUAGAGAUGGAGUUCAUGAAGCUGAUCGGAACUGUUUUGGCUGUUUGUUUCCAUCCCAGCUGCGCAUCAGGCGCGAUCGGUGAUCACAGGAUAUGCCGGAGAGGGACAGAGAAGCCCUGCUAUAAGAUCACAAGCUUCCAGGACAACAGUCUCAGAGCAAGCUUUGAGGCAGCCAGACAGAAAUGCAGGGAGGAUGAUGGGGAGCUGCUCAGUAUCGAGACCGAGAAUGAGCAGCGUCUGGUGGAGAAGUUUGUUCGGGAGCACUGGGCCACAGAUGGAGACUUCUGGAUUGGGCUACGGAGGAGCCCACAAUAUAAUGCUGAUUGUUCAGCACAGUAUUACUGGCUGGAUUACAGUCCGGCCACAUUUAGGAACUGGCUGUUGACAGAGCCCUCUUGUGGCCUCGAUCAGUGUGUGGCGUUAUUCUACCAGCCCUCGUCUUCUGCUCUCCUGAAGAAACGCAACCUGUUCAAGUGGACUGACUACAAUUGCAAUAACAAGAAUAAUUUCAUCUGCAAGUACUCAGAUGAGAAGCAUCCUGUCCCCACUCCAGCAGGAAAUAUCACUACACAUACAGGUAUUGAUGAUCUGACUCUGGUGCCAAAGCACCCGCCCAUUACAGUGGACAAUGACAGGAUAAAAACUGAACUCUCAGAGUCGUCAGUUUCUAUUUCAGAUGACACAAUUAAUAUUUACUACAUCCUCCUGGCCAUUCUACCCGUGAUGCUGCUGUUGAUAUUGGUGGUGUCGGGGGUGUUCUGUUUCAGAGUCAUGUCAAGGAGGAGAAAAGAACAGAAUGAAAUCUAUGCCGUGCCAGGACAGUGGGUGCGUCCAGUAGCUCCAAAAAAUCAAAACGGUCAUAAACGCACCGACAAAUUCAACCAGCCUGGAGCUCACCUGGAGUACAUGAGCUCUGAAAUUAACAGAACAUUUAUUGUGGCAUCCACAAACAGUCAGUUUGAGGACUACGAGAACGUUCCGAGCCGCCCCACACAGUGCGGUUUUGUCACUAAUGACAUUUACGAGACGUGCCGGAGCCCCUCGGCAGUAGAAGCAGGAUGGGUGGACAAUGAUAUAUAUGGAUACUAAAACACUAUACAGUUUCUACUGACUGGUACAGUAUACUGACCUCUCUCCCACUAGUGUGGCACCAUGUUUGAUCUCAUCUCCAGUCUGUGUGCCUUCUCUUUGAUGUGCACUCUGUGACCUAGUGUGAAGGAUGGGGAAGCCAGUGGGAGUCUAAUGCAGGAGUGUACAGUGAGGCACGGAUUCCCAUAACUGACUAUACAAAGAAGCAUAAAGGUGUCAUCGGCUUGUGAGAGCUUCCUCUGUGGAAACUGGCAUCCUGGAACAGGACCUUCCCUUUUGGAAAUUCACAAAACAGUACGCUGACCUCUCAGCCCAUCUCAACAACAUCCUUCAGUGUCUCUGAGAAUGGCCUCUCUAAAGGAUAUCUACUGUUGUUCCCUUGUUUUUAAAGGCUAUGUAGUUACUUUGUAUAAAACAGAAUUAAAGGAAUUAGCUAAAAGAUUAUUGUAACAUAUACUGAAUAUGUAUUUUGCUUUUCCAUAUGAAAUUGUGAGGAAAAAAGAUAAAUAAUGAGGUUUUGCUCUAUUUGGAUUGUAAAUGAUGAUGCUGUCUCUGUCCUUAAUAUUAUUAAUAAUAAUAUUAACUCUGUUACGUUAUUUGGACUUAUUCUUAAGCACAGAAUAGCUUGCAAUGAAUGUUUGUAAUUAAUCAACACUCAUGGAAAGCCUGGUAAUUUCAGGGAAUUUUAAGAUCAGACAUGGAAAAGGAGUGUAUUUUUUAUAGUGAAUAUACUUUUCUAGUUAUGCUUGAUUAUAAAAUAUUUUAUUGGCUAAAUCUUGUUUUUCAUUAGUGCAGUCUAUAAAAUCUUAAUGGAAAUGCACAGAUCAAAAGGUCUGACCCUAUUCUUUGAUUAUUCUGUUGAAUUCAGAGCUUCAGGAUCUGUGAACUAUUUUAUUAGUGCUGCAGUACAGCAUGUGUCCAGGAGAUGUCGCUAUAUGAUAGGCUGAAUCGCUUGCAGCUUAGUUUGAGGACAUUUUGUUGUUCGUCAUGGAGGUGUUUAAACUAAAAUUUCCAAUACAAAUCAUGCACUGUCUGUUGUGCUUUUUAUGCUUACAUACUAAUGACCUGUUUAUUGAACUGUUGUAUAAAAUGUUCAGGACAGUACGA